CAGCUUUGCUGCGGAGCAGGCGUUGCACAGGUGUUGUUGAUGUCGCCCAGUGACUUAUGUCUCGGCUCGCCUUUCGGUAGAAAUUAGGCAGCAAAUUGCGUGACCGCCGAGUAUCAGAGUGUCGGACAGCGCCAAGCCACAAGCGAAGCACCCGUCCGACCGAAGAAUCCGGCGUCGGACAGCAGAGGACGCGCGCACGAGCAGGGUGGCAAGAAUGCUGAAGUUCAUCAGGGGCAGGGGCCAGCAGCCCACCACCGAGAGGCAGCGCCUCCAGAGGGAACUGCUCAACUUUAAAAAGACGGUCCAGCAUGGAUUUCCAAGCAAACCGACUGCUCUGGCUUACGAUCCGAUUCUCAGCCUGCUCGCGAUCGGCACCGCCAGUGGAGCAAUCAAAAUAUUCGGAAAGCCCGGAGUGGAGUUUUACGGCCAGAACGAGGUUUCCGACGGUUGCGGAAUUAAUAAGAUAAUUUUCCUGAACGGCGAGGGCCGGCUGAUCACCAUCCUCAACGACAACUCGCUUGUUUUGUGGGAAAUCGAAGAGACCAAAUGUGCCAAAUUAGUGAAAGUUCGAGCGCUCGCCCUCGAGGGAAAGCUGAAGAGAAUUUCCGCUUCUCGACUAGAAAGCGGAAAUCAGCAUUUACUUCUGGGAACGGAAGGCGGAAACGUGUACCUCCUCAACACCCGCUCCUUCCAAAUGGAGGAAAAUAUCAUCUACCAAGAUGUCGUUAUCCAAAAUGUGCCUGAGGACUACAAAAUCCGGCCGGGAGCCGUGGAGGCGCUCGAGGAGAUGCCGAACAAUCCGAAAAAGCUGUUAAUCGGCUACAACCGCGGCCUGAUGGUCUUGUGGGACAGAGAAGCUCAGCGCACCGAGCAGACCUACAUCAGCACGCAGGAACUGCAGAGCUUCAGCUGGCAUCCGUCGGGCUCCAAGUUCAAGUCGGCUCACAACGACGGCAGUCUCGUCACCUGGGACGCCUCCGUCGGGGGCCGAACGCCGCUCGAAGAGCCCACCACAAUUUACGGGCCCUUCCCGUGCAAGCCCAUCACUAAAAUCCAGUGGCACGACAGCAAGAGUGAGGAACUGGUUAUUUUUGGUGGUGGAAUGCCGCGGGCGAGUCACUCGGACAGGUACACCGUGACAGCAAUGAAGGGGACGGACGAGAAGCACGUAGUCUUCGACUUCACGUCUCACGUGGUCGAUUUUCUGACAAUAAUGCCUGAGAAAAAUGCGGCAGCUGGUGGUCAAGCGCUGGUUGUUCUCGCCGAAGAGGAAAUAGUGGUGAUCGACCUGUCGGACCCAGAGUGGAGAAUGAUUCCGCUGCCUUACCUAGUGUCUCUGCACGCGUCCGCCGUCACUUGCCUGCAGAUGGUUUCGCCCGUGCCCCACGCUCUGUGGAGCUAUCUCAAAAAAGCCGGCCGGCAAAGCGAAGCGACCUACUCCAACAGCGCCUUUCCCAUCACUGGGGGACAUUACGCCAAUGAACAGCCUGAAGGGGAGGAGGAAAAAGAGUCCAUUCACGAGCUGCUGUUGACCGGACACGAGGACGGAUCCGUUCGCUUUUGGGACGCGGACGGAGUGGCCCUGGCGCCGCUCUUUAAGUUCAGCUCGGAGCCGUAUUUCACGACUGGUGAUGACUUUGACGAUGACAUAGCCGACGAUGCUGGUGAUGAAGAGGACUGGCCACCUUUUAGAAAGGUUGGAUGCUUCGAUCCGUAUUCGGACGAUCCCCGACUAGCUGUGAAGAAGGUAGCACUGUGCCCGUUCACCAGCACGCUGAUUGUGGCCGGCACCGCGGGACACAUUUUAAUAGUAAAGCUGAAAAAUCAGGACGAGCCUCCCAAGAAAAUAAUCGGAACGGUGAUGAACAUCGUACGGGACAGGGACGGAUUCGUGUGGAAGGGCCACGACCAGUUGAAACUGGCCGAGAGCAAGGGCAAAAUGAAAAAGCAGGCUGCCCAGAAGGGCGCGACGGUGGAGGCCCUGGUGCAGCUGCAUCCGCCGGCGUCCAUCACGGCCAUCACUCUACAUUCCACCUGGGGCGUCCUGGCUGCGGGAACGGCUCACGGCCUCGCCGUUUACGACAUCGUCAGACACGUCUCCAUCCAGACCAAGUGCACUCUCAAUCCUAACGACUUGUCUGGAGCAGGCGACACGCCGAUCUCGAGGCGCAAGAGCUUCAAGAAGAGCUUGCGCGAGUCGUUCCGACGGCUGCGGAAAGGCAGGUCUCAAAGAAACGCCAAUCCCAACAAAGCAGGCUCCCCUGCUGCCUCGCCAUCCAAACCUGAAACCUCUCAACCUGGAGGGGCUGCGGGAACGUCAGUGGCUUUGUCCAGACCUGUUGAGCGGCAGGUCGAAGCGAGGCCGGUCGAAGACGCCCUGGGCAGCAUGGUCAGGUGUCUCGCCCUAGAAGACACCUUCCUCGUCAACCAGCAAGGAACGUCGCCGACGUUGUGGGCCGGGACAAACAGCGGCAACGUGUUGAUAUUCGCGGUGACCGUGCCGAAGGGAAAUAAACGGAAAGACGAGGACGUUUCCUGCCAGCUGGGCAAGGAGAUCCAACUCAAGCACAGAGCGCCCGUGGUCAACAUCAUCGUGUUGGACGGCAUCGGCUCGCCGCUGCCCAUCCCUGGGGAGGUGAACGCCGGCCUCGUUCCCGCGCCUGACAUCGUCGGGCCGCACCGAGUAGUCAUUUGCUCCGAAGAGCAGUUCAAAACCUUCACUCUUCCUACCCUGAAGCCGUUCUGCAAGAGCAAACUGACAGCCACCGAAGGGUCAAUGCUGCGGAGAGCAGCUGCCAUUCGUCUCACGCCGUCCAACGUCCGGGCCGAAGAAGCGCAGUACGCCUUGUUCGGCAUCACAAACAUGGGCGAAAUCCUGUCGCUCACGCUUCCUGACCUCAGGAGACUCCUGGCUGUGCCGUGUAUCAAGAGGGAAGACAUUAAUGGCAUCUCGACGCUGGGAUUUUCCCGCAGCGGCGAAGCCAUUUUCCCUGUGUCGUCGAGCGAACUGCAGAGGGUGAGCAUGGCGACGCAAAAGGUGACGGAGCUCAAGUGCCACCUGACCAACAUGACGCGCUGCAAGCCGGAAGCGACGACCAACGGCACCACGAACGGCGACGCCGCGUCCGAGAGUGGAGCUUCGGAGGCCGGUAGCAAGAAAGAUGAGGCAACUGGAAGCGCGAGUCUCAACGUUUCGUCAGGAACAGAAGAACAGCUGGAAGUUAGCAUGGGAGAGCUCACCUUGGAUUCGGUCAAAGAUCAUUUAGCCCCCAGCUCACCCGGAGUGACGACCUCGACCCCAAAGUCCUCGCCGAACGCCAACAACUCCACUGCUAUCAAUUCGUCGACGCCGAACGAGAAAAAAGAGGCGGCUGCAGCCUUGAAGAACGGCGGCAACAGUCAAUCGACGGAGCAGAAAGUGCUUGACACCCCGCCCGACGUUGUUGAUCAAGAAAAUGAUGCAGAAACGGCAACGGCGGCGGCGGCGGCACCAACACCCGAGCCGCACAGUGAGAUUAAUGGCAGUGCAGACGGCAAAGCUCCUUUGGCAAUCUCCGAGGAUCUGUGAGAGCUACGCGAGCGUCCGGCUGUCUCCUCCUCGCCCUGACCUGAAAGACUUCACAGUUAUCCAACUUUUAUGUUAUGGAUCUUAAUUUGCAUUUGGCGGCACGCAUUUUGGAACCGGCGUUGCGUGUUCUUUCGUAUUUUUCAUUGGACGAGAAAGAGAGAGAGAGAAAUAGAGAGAGAGAGAGCUUUUAAAGUUUUUUAACUUGGAGAAAAACGCUUUUAGUUUUCAUAAAAUGCAACUUAAUUCGUCUACUCGACCAACGAUUUUUCUCUUAAGUAGAAAUUAAAUUAUAAAAUGUGAAUUUGAAAGGUUCACACGCCUCAUUACUUCCUAUUAACUUAAAAUCGGCAUCUUUAACCCCAUCUGAAAGGUGAUAGUUCGACUUCCCAAAGUUUAACACGAGAGAAAAUAGUAAAAAAGUUGUUUUGCAUAUAUCGUUUGUUGCACUGUAAGAGUUUGAAUAAUUAAUUUAAAAUAAUAUAAAUGGGCUGACCGACUCUUUUGAUUUAAUUAUUGCUGUACAUAAUUGCGCACCCUUAGACUGGUGGUAGCAGCAGUUUCGUCGUACCAUGCAGAAAUUUGCAGUUAUUUUUUUAAGAAAGAAAAUUAUCACGCUUCAACCACAGCAGCUAACAGAUAUGGUGAUCAUUUCAUAGAGGAGCUAUCAAAGUAUCUAAUUUCUGUGUACUUACGAAUCGUAAAUUAAUUUAAUACUUAACUAAUACAAAAACGGAGAGGUGUUAUAUAUUAUCUGUUUUCGCCUGACAGGAGGAGAGAUAUAUAUUAGUUAUUAUUAAUUUUGUUAAAGACAUCAUCGAUAGACACACUUUUUUGCCAUGUUUUACGAGAGCAUCACCAUUUAUUAUACAUUUAUAAUUGUAACUUUUGUUCGUCGUAAUAAUAUAGCAGCGCUUCAAUCCCGAUCCACUCAAUAGUAUUAUUGAAAAGUGCAUCAAAUUGCUCGGAAAUGUUUAAACGUUCUACAUUUGAAUAACAUGAUGUGUUAUUUUGAAUAAACUGAAAUUUUUAACCUA